GUCAGCUGGAGCGCCGCUUCCUCCACAGCCGCCGCCGAUGACCUCCUUGCCCGCCCGCAGCCGCUGAGGACCCCCCGGCGUCCCCGCCAGGGCAGGGGAUGAUAGAUCGGCCGCCCGCAGCCCCGUCCAGCCCAGUCCGCCGCACCGCAGCGUCGGCCGCCGCCGCCCGCCUGAGCCGCAGCCCGAGAGGAGCCGCAAAAUGAACCCCCAGUGCGCCCGCUGUGGCAAAGUGGUCUAUCCCACCGAGAAAGUCAACUGCCUGGACAAGUACUGGCAUAAAGGAUGUUUCCACUGUGAAGUUUGCAAAAUGGCUCUGAACAUGAAUAACUACAAAGGAUAUGAAAAGAAACCUUAUUGCAAUGCACAUUACCCAAAGCAGUCCUUCACUACAGUGGCUGAUACACCAGAAAAUCUUCGCCUGAAGCAACAAAGUGAAUUGCAAAGUCAGGUAAAAUACAAAAGAGACUUUGAAGAAAGCAAAGGAAGAGGGUUCAGUAUUGUGACUGAUACGCCUGAGUUACAAAGACUGAAAAGGACACAGGAACAAAUCAGUAAUGUAAAAUACCAUGAAGAUUUUGAGAAGACAAAGGGCAGAGGCUUCACCCCAGUGGUAGAUGAUCCUAUAACAGAGCGUGUACGGAAAAACACCCAAAUUGUGAGUGAUGCAGCAUAUAAAGGUGUGCAUCCACAUAUUGUUGAAAUGGAUAGAAGACCUGGAAUAAUUGUUGCCCCAGUUCUCCCUGGGGCAUAUCAGCAAAGCCAGACUCAAGGAUAUGGAUACAUGCACCAGACCAGUAUGUCGUCCAUGAGGUCCAUGCAUUCACAGCCUCAUUCAGCAAGCCUGGGUGGAGAGAGUACCGUUCCUUUUCAACAGAGAACGUAUAGAGCUAUGUAUGACUACAGCGCUCAAGAUGAAGAUGAAGUUUCCUUCAGGGAUGGUGAUUAUAUCAUCAAUGUGCAACCAAUAGAUGAUGGCUGGAUGUAUGGUACUGUUCAGAGAACUGGGAAAACAGGAAUGCUUCCAGCAAAUUAUAUUGAGUUUGUUAACUAAUUUUUGUCUCUACUCCUUUGAGCUUUAUUAUGAUUUACUCAAAAUCUAACCUUUUAGAAAAAAGUCAGAAGAAUCUUUUAAGAGUACAUGAUCAUUACGUUAUCACUGCUAUAACAGUUUGCAUUCUUACUCGGAAUCCAAUUUAGACUUCUUUAAAAUAGAGAUAAAUAAACCGCAAGAAGCUCAGAGCUUUGAAAAUAGCAUGGCUUAUAAUCAUGCUCUCUCAAAAUGAAAAACAUAUAUGGAAGCCUGGUGCUGCCUAUCCUAUAAAAAUUUUAGUCAAUUACCUGUAAAGGGAAAAUACCUUUUCCCUACAUAUCAAAGAGGUUAUUUCUCUUUGUAAAACCAACCAUAAAAUCAAUGCACUUCUGGCACUCUGAAGUCACAGGAAGUUAACACACUGAGUUUGAACACAUCUUCAAAUUAUUAGGGAGGUGUUUAACGUUUGAGCAGUUAGCAUCCUAAUAAAAAAUAAAAUGUUGAGUAGAUAAUUCAGUCAUUUGAUAUAAUGACAAGUAAUAUGCCAGUAAAAAAAACAGUAAAAUCCCCUACUGCCCAGCAGCCUUACAAUGAACAGGUCCAUUUUAACAGCAAAAUUUUCCUGACUCUUGCAUACCCACAUUUAUUUCUGCAUUACCCAUUUUUUCUUAUUUACAAGUGACCUAUCAGCUUUGCUUGCAUCCCAAUCCAUCAGUUAGAUCCAUGUCUAGAUCCAUGAUUCUUCAGUAUCUUUUCCACAGAAGAUUCCUUGCAAAGACUAUCUAAAGUAUAAAACCUGUCAAGUCUUUUGUUUCCUUCUAAUAAUAACUAGCAUUUAAAUAGAAACUUACAUUAGGGCAACGUACAACCAAUACUUCAUGUAGUUCCUUUACCUUCACUUGUACUGCUGUAAAUAAAUAUCCUGUGUGAGGCCCUGGUGCUGUGCAGUCACACAAAGCCUGCAGUCAUACCCCUCCUUCUUACCUACCACAGGUAACUUGCUUAAUGGCUGCUUUGCUGAUGAGCUAAUGUACCUACCCCUGCUUCAGAAAUACUUAUGCCUCCAUCGAGGAGUGGAGGAGAGCUCUGUUUAUUGUAGUGCAUUUCAGAUCAAAAAAUCUUGGUGAUCCAACAGUGGGUUGUACGCUUGCCAAAUGUUUAAUGAUGGAGAAAUAUGUUUUCUUUUACUGACUUGAUCUUUCUCAUAACUGACACUGAAGGGAAAGCUAACUAAACAAAAGUCCAACAUACUCUAUGCCAUUAUGUUUCAGUUUAGCCAUCUGUAGAAAACAGUAAAAAUAUUCUGCUGACAAACCUUCACAUAUGCUAUUUGGUGUCUGUUAACAUUAUGGUCAGAACUGAGAGAUCCAGGUCUUACUCUGUGAGGCUGAGGAGAGGAUCAAACAACUGGUGACAUAGUGGACCUGUAAGAGGGACUGUGUCAGCAGGCUUGGGUCACAGGGAACUUGCUUUUGCUUUGACUGGAUGCUGCAUUCCCUCCCAGGGAGAAAUUCUGGGAGGAAGGACAAAAGAGUUAAAGAUUCAUGUGGGAAUGAAUCUGCAUCUUGUGCGGAUGCAGAUGCAGAAAAUGUUUUUACUGAUAAUAUAAUUUGUGGAGUCCAGCCAUAUGCUAGAGAAGUUAGAGACACUUGUAGUAACCCUCAGAAUGUUGAGUCUGCACUGGCUUUCUUCCAUUUCUAAAAUUUUUAAAGUAGAAUUAAAUAUAGAGCUUAUAGACAAUUUUGUAUUUCUCAUUUCACAAAGUAGGCAACUUUGCAAUAUCUAUUUAAAGAACAAGGAAGGCAGUAUGGAUUUGUUUUGUCAACUGAAAGUUGUCAAUGCAAAUACCUGCACAUUCUAUUUUUGCAUACAAUUAGAAAUUGGAAAGCUUAUGCAAUUUUAUUUUGGGUUUUGCUAACUCGGGGCUGAUUCCAGCUGCCAAACAGAAUAGAAUGACUGCAUUAAAAAAAAAAUAAAAAUUAAAAAAUGUCCAUGACUGUGGAAUUGCCUGGGCUUUCUUGUCAGCAGCCUAAUUCCAAGGCUAAAGCUGUCCGGGAGCAUCUAACUUCAAAAAGUAUUGUUUAAAACCAGAGAUUCACUACUGUAAAUAUCCAAUCUCUAUGGGUGACUGCUGUCAUUUAAAAUUCUUGAAAGUUUUGCAUAAGGAGCUGCUGCUGCAGCAGAACCUUAUGCAUUGCUGGUGACAUCCACGUGAAAUAGCAAACUUUGCAAGUGAAAUGGCUUUUUCAAAAGGCUACUGUGAUAUGCUGAGCUAGAAGCUCUGAAAAAAGCAGUCUGCUUCUGUGUUGGUUUUCAUCACCAGCCGUCAACAGCAAGGAGAGGAAUUUCAUCUUAUGCUGGGUAGCAAAUUUUUCAGAUGAUGCCUGAGGCACAAUUGGCUGUCACUUGCUGCUUGCUGCUCUAUUAGCUGUGUAAUGCUGACAACAAUAAAAACAAGUUGUCAGUUUGUUAACCCAAUAAAAUUUAGAGAAUAGAUAUAUUGAAUCAAGUUACAGAUUUUAGUGAUUUAUAAAAAAGAAUCUCAACCUAUAAAUAGAUGAUCAUUCUUCCUUAAAGAGGAGACGACUUGCAGUGUUGAACACUUUAUGUAUAGAAGUAAAUGAGAAAAUGGGCAUUUGAUGACAUUAGAGAACUAUGUUGUAAUAAGCAAUCAAAAUAAAAUUUCCUUUAUGAAUUUUGAAAAUUCAUUAGCUUGGUAGAGCAGCUAAAGCAAUAUGCAAAAAAAUAAAAGGUCAAGAAAACAAAACAGUAUGAGAAUUGUAUUUCUCUUGAGAAUGGUAUAUCAGCAAAAUUAUUAAGAUCUGGUUUAAGUUACUCAUUCAUGUAAUCAAGUUUUUUAUGUCAUAUAUGCUUAGGAAUUCAUGUUUAUGUGGAACAGUUCCUGCUUUUUGAUAUAAAACAAACUUUAGUGUCAUUAUGCAGCUUUUUUCUAAGCAAAGCAAUCAAAGGCCCAAAAUUAUCAGAGUGCAAUUAAAAAAAUGUUUUUAUAAGAUCUAAAAUUUGUAAGGUGGGGAAAGUAAGUCCUAAACUAAAUUGUGCCAGCAUAGGUUUUAAAAGGCAUAUGUUGGAGCCUGUUACGUGCAGUGUGAUAUAGAGGUGAAAAGAUGUUAUAUGCUGUCUUGUCACCUUUAAAAUAUGUAUUCCUUUUUAGCACGGCAUGUUCCCCUCACUGUUCUUUCUUCCCGUAGUCAGUUUUUCUGGGGAAAGGAAAGGACUUUUACAGAGGUGAAUUUCCCAAGCUGUUCCAAAGUUCAGAUUGGAAGUUCACAUGUUCUCCUUUUAGAAAUAAAGAAUUCUGUAAAGAAUGCUUUAAUUCUUGCUAACACGAGUAUAAAUGUAGAAAACAACAUAGAGCAUAUUCAUACAUAUAUACAAGAACAAAUGGGUGCCUUGCUUUUCAUUACUCUUUCUUGCCUGGCUAAUCUUCAUUUUCUAAACAAAGCUACGUACAGAUACUGCAGUUGUAAUUUUUCAUUAUGGAACAUUAGCAUUUAAUCUUGAUGAAACAGGGUUUUCUUGAUUACAUUUGACAUACAAUAAACUACUUCAGCAGAUUGGGAUUUGACGGAGAAUCACCUCCCAUGGAUUAUGUUUUUGACAAAUGUGUCCCUCCCGAGUGUUCCUCAGGGAUAUGGAAGGUCUCCAAUACUUGGGAAGGUAAUAAUUCUAGUUUUUAUUGUACAGUGACUGCAUGUCAUCUUGUACAAUGGAAAAGAAAUGACAAAUACCAAGGUCUUUGGCAGAAGGUGGUACAGGGUAUAAAAUUUUAGAUUUUAAUUAAGUUGAUUAAUACUCCAUUUAAACUAUAGAAUAUGCUUUAGUUAGUAAAUGUUUAAAUAAUAUACUGAAACAGACAAAAGAUGCUGUUGAAAGAAGUUCUCCAAACUGAUGUGCUGGCAAAUGUGAAGUACUGGUGAGCAGUAUAAAGAAUAAACCAUUUUGCAAUGCUUUAGUGAUUUUCUCCAGCUUUAUGCCAUAGGAACCCCAUCUCUCCUUUGGAAAGAAAACCUGAAAGCUCUAUUUCCUAUACUGCCUGCACUACAACAGUAUAUUCAAAGGAAUUUCAUAUGCUUCUUGUGUCUGAUAAAUAGAAUUUGCAUAUUGUACUUAAGUUGUAAUCCAGUUGUUGUUGACAUUUGUUUAAUUAUUAUUAUUUUAGGGGGGAAAUAAGCUAUACUGUAGCAUUUCAAUCGUGUAUUUAAUAUUACUAUUAGAAAUUGCUAGACCAUUGGAAGACAGCAAUGACUGUAUUGACAUUGAUUAGCAUGAUGUGGAAACUCGGCUGUUGGUUUUUGCAGUGUGAUAUAAAAAGCAAAAAUGAACCGCUGUGCAGUUUGGCUUAUGUUUGCUUUAAAGUGUGUAAAGUUUUAGUUAUUUUGCAAAACUGUACUGUAUUUGGGGGUAUACAGUUAUGGAGGUAACAAUUGUUUUUCAAAGGACAGAUAAACUUUCUCUUGGAUCAUAUGAUGUAUCAUCUUAAUUUGGCUUUUGUUAUGCAGAAAGUUAACACCAGCUAUUAAAAUAUAUUUUAGUA